AUGGCGGCCAAGCAGAACAACAUUUGCAUUAGUAAUUACUCCGACGAAAGCCGCCGGUACAAGUCCACGUGGCCCCAACGCGCCUGGUUUGCAUGCGGCUGCGCCACGCUGCUCAUUUCCCUAGCCAAGACCACGCUACUAAUCGCCGCCGCAGCGCCGACGGCCAGUCCACUCGCAUGGCUGGAGCUCGCCGUCGCCGCCUUGAUCGGCUACGCGGCGGCGGACCUCGGCUCUGGAAUCUUCCACUGGGCCGUCGACAACUACGGCACCGCGGAAACGCCGGUUUUCGGGCCCCAGAUCGAGUCGUUCAGGGCCCACCACCAGCACCCGUCGGAGAUCACCAAGUGCGACACCGCCGGAGUUCUGUACGUCCUGGCGGCGGUGACGACCGUCGCCGUUCUGCCGUUCAGCUUGCUCUCCGACGACGCGGUCCUCCUCGUGUUCGUGGUUGUGUUCGCCGGCUUCGGCAUGUUCAGCCUGAAGUUCCACGCGUGGGCCCACACGCCGAGGAGGAAGCUGCCGGCGCUGGUGGCGGCGCUUCAGGACGCCGGAAUCAUUCUCCGGUGGUCUGACCACGCGAAGCACCACCGGCCGCCGUUCGACGGAAAUUACUGCACGGUGAGUGGGGUCUGGAACAGGGUUUUGGAUGAGUACAAGGUCUUCGCGGCGGCGGAUGUGGUGGUGUUCCGUGUCACCGGAGUGAGGCCGCGGUCGUGGUCGGAGCCCAGCUCCGAUUGGAGCCAGAUUUUGGAUUAA